AUGGCCGCCGAUUUAGUCGAGCCCUACAUCUGUCUCAAUGGUCUCCGAAUCACUGAUUUGGAGGAUCUGUUCGAAGACAUCAAAGUCUAUAUGACUCUCGACAGCGAAAAGAACUUAGAGUUUUGGAAAGAUAUGCAAAUCAUAGUCGAAGACGAGUUGAAUAAACUCAAGAAAUUUCAGUCACAAAACUCUGUGGAGAGAAGGGAAGGCAUUAAUCCGGCCGUCGCUCAGGAAGUGGUUCAAGUGUUUAAAGACAAAACUCCCACACAAUUGCAUGCAUUGCAGACACAGAUCGAGAAGAAAAUACACUCCAAUGAAGAGGGAGUAGACAUCGGCUAUUGGGAGUCAUUGCUGUCCAAACUGAAGGCACAUAUGGCCAGAGCCCGACUCAGAGAACUGCAUGACGUGAACCUCAAUAAGAGGUUGAAUCGAUUGAGAGAAGAACAGAUGGCCUCUAAAACCACUGAACGAGUGGAUGGCGAACCACUCUUUCCCAUUGUUAAUGAGAGUUCUUGUGUCAAAACAGAGGAUCCGGUCAGCAGUACCACAGAUGUGAUCGACGAGCAGUUACAAGAGGAUGAAGCAGAAGAAGUGGAUCCAAUGGCUAAGUGUGUUGAAGACUAUGAAAGUGGUCAAUACUCACCAAAACUACUGUCCAUGAAUGACAUGGAAUCGGAAUUAAUACUAAUUGAAGCGAUAGACGAUAUGAAACAAUUGGAAGACCAAAGGAAUAUUGUAUUGAAAAAAGAGACGACUGAAAGGGCAGCCAAUUCUGCGAUGAGUGUCGCCGAACAGGCCUUCGAAAGGGAGGCGCGAAAGGGUAUGUCUAACGAAGAGGCGAUGUUUAGCGUUGAGGAGCAGAUCAAACACAUUGAGAAGCAGUACUCGUGGUCUGACAAAUACCGGCCCCGAAAGCCCCGCUAUUUCAAUAGANACAUUGAGAAGCAGUACUCGUGGUCUGACAAAUACCGGCCCCGAAAGCCCCGCUAUUUCAAUAGAGUUCACACCGGGUUUGAGUGGAAUAAAUACAAUCAAACCCAUUAUGAUGUGGACAAUCCUCCGCCCAAAGUGGUUCAGGGAUACAAAUUCAAUAUAUUUUACCCCGAUUUGAUCAAUAAGGGACAGUCGCCCACAUUCAAGAUCACCGCCUGUCCGGAGAACAGAGACUUUGCGUUCAUUCGGUUCAGCUCUGGUCCGCCCUAUGAAGACAUUUGUUUCAAAAUCGUGAACAGAGAGUGGAAUUAUUCCUACAAAAGCGGUUUCCGGAGUCAGUUCCACAACAAUAUUCUUCAGCUGUGGUUCCAUUUCAAGCGAUACCGAUAUCGCAGAUAA